UUCCCUCCUGAUACAAGAACUGCCUGCAAAGCCUGGGCUCGCAAUGGAUUCUGUACCAACAAUUUCUACACUAUUGCACAUAGAAAACAAUACUGUGCUACUACCUGCAGAAUAUG